AACACACAUAAUACAUAAAUAUAUAUAUAUAGAUAGAUAUAUAGAUAGAUAUGUAUGUACGUAGAAAUAUAUAAAUGAGAAGGAAAUUAGAUGCUUGUGUAUACAUAUAUAUAUAUAUAUAUAUAUAUAUAUAUGUAUGUAUAUACGUGGGGUUCGAUGAAAAGCCUUUUGUUAUAUACGUAUAUACAAAAGAUAGAGAAUAUCAAAGAGAAACUAUCGAUUAUAUGCAUAUCUCUGUUCGAACGGAUGUGAACAUGAUCGCUAAACUGAUGAAUAAAUUCCUUUCGUGUAUUAUUAUGAUAUUCAAAAGAUUGUUUAGAAUUUAUUUGAUUAAAUUUGGAAAAUUAAAAUAAACUAUCGUGAGAGAGAGAGAGAGAGAGUUAUGAUUUGGUACGGAUAGUCACGACCUGUGUGAAGCACAAUGAUGCACGGCAUUUUGUCAUACGUCAAAUAUGUAUUGUGUGUUAGAGGGUAGGACAUAUAUUUUGAAUGUUAUAAUAUACACGAAUGCGUAGCGACGUUGCUAUGUCAAUGUACAAUGCGAUAUUUUUGUAUCAUUCCACCGUCGCGACAAUAUAAAAAAAAAACAAAAAAAAAAAGAAAAAUGUAUCGUAGAAUACAUACGUGCAGGACUUCAGCUUCAUUUUAAUCCAUUCGAAACCAAUUACUCAUCGUCUGUGCAAUGCCAUUAUGAGAGGCUAUCUGAGACCGGCUGCACACCUAUGUGCAAUAAUAAUGAUGAGUAAUUUUCAAUUAUUUUGAAUAAAAUAUUCGUCUAAAUAAAAUAUUAAUAUAUUAUUAUAAUAUAAAAUAAAUUAAUUAAUAGUAUCUGUAAAGUAUAUAAAAAUGUAAUUUGUCAUUGGUUUUCAUUUGUAGUAAAUAAAACAAAACGUUUUGUUUAAAUUUUCGAAAUCUACAUUUUUAAGAAAUAUCAUUGCAGAAACCCAUAUAUCUAAUUCUAUUUUUUAAAUCUAUCAUUAACAUCAAUAGUAUCGCCUUUUAUUCAUAUCUACCUAAACGAAAAUUAUUAUCUUAAACCAGCGGUGUCUGCGUAUUCAGAAUUUCUUACAUGUAAGAAAUAAUAUCUUAAAUCUAUAUUAUCUUAAGCGCGGGUUUAGAUAAUAAAUUUUUUCUUUUCUUUAACCUAUCUUUAUCCGUGAAUAAGUAAAAAAUUCAUUUCCACCACUCUGUGUCUCCUUAUCAGUGAAAAUCGAGCACCAACGACGACGCGUAACAGUUCAGUCUUACAGAAAAUUUUUCGCAGGAAUCAGCCGCACAAACGGCGUGCAAUCAUCUUAUGUAUGCGAAUUGACUUACGAAUUGACAGAUUUUCAUAGUAAACAAGUUUUUUUUUUUUUACUGAAAAUGAACAAUAUAAUGAAAAAAAAAAAAAAAAAAAAUCUCGAUCCUGGGGACCGUGUUCGAAAAAAUUCGCGGUCUCGAAUGGAUUAAAACGUCAUAGCCGACGAGAUUAAUAUUGAAUUUUUAAUUGAUGAAAUUAAAAAAUUAUCGCGAAUGUUAGGACCGUUAGGAUCGUUACGAAUUUAGAUCGUUAGAAUCUUAAGUAAAAUAAAAAUGAUUAUUUGUCCGAAAAUUUUCGAAUAAUAUUGAUGAAAAUUAUUUAAAUAUUUGGAAUGUUCGUAUUCAUAAUUUAUUCCUAGUUGAUGCUAAAAAUCGAUGGGAAAAAAAAACGGUAUGAUAACGGCAGCAACGCAUAUCAACAUUGCUCGUUUGCGACGUGCACGCAACGUCAAUGGUGGACCAACGCUUAUCGUGCCGUUUGCAUUGGUCCUUAUAGUACGUCAUAUUGACAUAAGUAAGCUACUUAUGAAAUAUUUUAAUAUGAUAAAUAUUUUAAUUGGUAACACCGUAGUUGAAAUUCAAGAACUUUAGAUUUAAAUUCCGAACUAUCCAUGACCCAUUUUUUCGUACGCCAAUAAUUUUGAAAUUGGGAUGCACCUGUUUUUAGCGAGUCGAAUUUGUUAAUUGUGUUGACAUAUACAUAUAUAUAUAUAUAUAAAAUAUAGUUAUUUGUAUAUACGAUAUUAAAAUUGGAUUUAAUUCGUAUUUUAAGAGACAGAUUUAAUCAAAUAAGUUAAUAAUUAUUCUAAUUUAGAUUGAGAUACAUCGUAAGUCGGUAUUAAUCGUUAAGUUGAAUGAAUCAUUUAAAAAAAAAAAAAAAAAAAAUAUUGGAUGAUGUAUCGUCAAAAUCUGUCGAAAUUUAGGAAUUGUACAUGUACGCCAGGCUUAUUUGAAUUAGUAUAUUAUAUAUUUUUAAUCAGUAUUUGUAAUAUCAGUACAUAGAAUAUAAAUUGAUAGACGUAAUUUUCUCACUUAAUUAUUUAUCUCUAUUAUUUUAUUUAUUUUACAAAAUAUUUAAUUUUUAUUAAUUAAUAAAAAUAACGAUCAAAUAAAUAGAACUGUUAAUGAAAGGAUUAUAAAAGUAUAGAGUUCAAUAAGGUCUUUUCUAUGGUACAACUUGGUUCGUUGAAACUAAAUUGCAUGCAAAAUAAGGAGAUCUAAGUUUAAAUCCCAUGCGCUAUUAAUUUCGAAAACUGGGAUACGUCAGUUAAUAGUGAAUCGAAUCCGUUAAUUGUGUUGAGAGAUAAUUAUUAAUGGUCGCGUAUAACUUCGUAUGCGUAGUUAGGCGAGUUAUUCGAAUAUUAAAAUUGGAUUUAAUCCAGGUAAUAAGUCGAGUUAUUUCUAUAUCAAAAUUAAAUUUGAACCAUUUAAUGAGUCAGAUAUAAUUCGAAUAAAUUCUUAAAGGUUAUUAAAGUACAAAAAAUAAUAUAAUUUAAACGAUGAAAUAACAAACGUCAUAAUAAUAAAUCCGAAACAUUUAGAUAUAUUAAUAAUCGAAUAACAAUCCCACGGUCGGUCGGAAUUAUUUAGAUAUUUAAAAUUGGAUUUAAUCCAAGCAUAUUAAUCCCAGAUUCGUUAAUCCAUUAAAUUAACGUCAUAAAACGGCCGUGCCGUCGUAAUUAAAUUACAAAAAAAAAAAAAAAAACGUGGACUUAAUAAGUACGAGGAAAAAGAGAACUUAAUAAGUACGUUGUGUUGACAUAAUAAAUAAAUAAAUAAAUAAAUAAAUAAAUAAAUAAAUAAAAAAAGAAAAGAAAGCUAUUAAAGAAUGAUUUUUACGUGAUGGGAUGGUUGGCUGGGGGGGAGGGGAUAGAGGUUAGGUCACUCUUAGCCUAAUUCGAUUGAUUCAAGUACCACACUCGAAAUUUAACGACUCGGUUCUCUUCCACCUUCUCCAUCCAUGAUACAGUUUUCUUUUUCUUUUAUCUUUUUGUUUUUGUUUUUUUUUUGUUUUUUUUUUGUACACACAUAUACUUGGAGAAACUUCGAUCGUUUGUUGGAUUAUCUGUUACUCGAUAUACGAACACUUCGUAAUAACGAAUGAAAGCUUUCGAAUGAUAUGGGUUUCGCGUGAAAUCAAAAUCGAAUAGAAAAAAGAAGUACGUAUCUCGCGAUAGUUCGUCGUUGACUCUUCGAAGAUGUGAACGACAAAAAAGAAAACGAAAAUGAAAACGAAUACGAAUACGAAUACGAAGACGAAGAGGAAGAAGACAACGAAAAGACGACGACGACGACGUGGAAGUUAAGGGGCGCGGUGUACUAUAAGUCGGUUCUCUUUCUCUUAAAAUAGCACGGGCAAAUCCUCUGAAAUCUCCCUCCUAUCCCCUUACUUCUCCUUCUUCUCUUCGUUUCACCCUCCCUCCCUCCCGCCCUCCCUCCUGCCCCCGCUUCUUUUCCCGUGACGCCUUUUCGGGUCGCGCUUAGUUACCAUCUUUCGAGGAGAGAACUGGCUCAAUCCAGUAGUCGUACCGGAGUAACGCGAUAAACGAGAACGACAUGUGCAACGAUCAUCGGGGAAGUAAUAGUUCGUGGAAGAGGUAUAUCAUUCCCAGAGGAUAUAAUAUAAUAUCGCGCGAUAUCGUUCCCAAGCUUGGAUAAUCGAAAGCCGCGGACUCUUGUUUGACCUCAAUCCGAAGACUGACUCUCGCAUCCGGCCGGCUUUGUACGCUGCGAUUAGCUCCGCAGAAAGAGAGAGAGAAAUAGAGAAAGAGAGAGAGAGAGAAAUAGAGAGAGAGAGAGAGAGAGAGAGAGAGAGAGAGAGAGAAACUCUCAUUUAGAACCGAAAAGACUGAAUAGGCCAUUUUUGUUCAUACUCUUCCAAAUCAUUACGUCCAGGAUAAUGUUCAGUUGAGGAAAACAAAAAGAAAAUUUACGAGAGAAAUAAAGAAAGAGAGAAAGACAAACAGAGAGAGAGAAAGAGAGAGAGAUAAAAAGAGUGUGUGUACAUUCGUGUCUGUGAUAUUUACACGCGAAUAAUUCAAAAAUCACACUUCAAUAGAAAGUAAAAAGACCCAAAGAUCGUACGAUUCGAGAUAUAUAUUUAUGGGCCCGCCAACCGACACACGUCGUUCCAAAUUUAUAUCCUGCUAAUUAUACGUCGUGUCGUCGCUUUGUCAAAUCUCACUUUGUUGUCGUACAAAGUAAUAAAAUUUUCUUUUGAGAAACCUUUGAACUUAAGACUUUCCUGGCAAGGAAGAGAUAGAUAAACGGGUAAGGAGAAAGAAAAAAAAAAAAAGUGAAAGAAUAUUAACCGAUCGUUAAGGUUAUUCUAUCUUGAAAAGCGAUACGAUACGGGAACGAAAUUUCGGAAAAUCAUUCUUGCGCCAACAAAUAAUUGUCGGUCGAGCCAAUCGCGACCUUCCGACGUAUUCUUUGCUUAUUGCAAGAACGAAGAAGAAGAAGAAUAUUUCGUAAUAACGAUACGAAAUAACCAAUAUACAACACAAACAGUAACCGACAUACUGAGAGCAACUGUUAAUCCGAAAAUAGAUAUCGUAGAAGCGCAAUAUCUUGGAAAUUUUCCACUUCCUUAUACGAAUGGCAUUGUAAGUGACUUUUCACUUUUAUAUAAGGAGGAACAUCCCUCUCUUUCCCGUCUCCUUACGGUCGCAUGAUCGACAUUGAAAUAGCAAAGGAAUUGUCUUGAUCUUGAUACAUUGUCUUUCCCCUCUUCCCCCUUUCCUUCAAUUUCGCGUGUAAUAGUAUUAUCGUCAAAUCCAUGAAGAGAAGAGCAACGUUUUCAGAAAAGAGAAACCUUGAAGUUAAGGGUAUAUCAAAAAGUCGAAAAAAUCGUUCCCGGCCUAUCGUAACCGUAAGUUCUUCGAUAAACGACGACGAUGUCCUGCGGUGGAUGACAGCUUGGAAAAGGUUGAAGAAGAGGGCGAUAGGAGGGGGAGGAGGAGGAGGAGGAGGAGGAGGAAGAGAAGAAUGUACGGAGUUAAAAAAGAUGAGAACGAUCGAGAACGAUCGGACAAUGUUGGCUCACAAACAGCACCGCCUUGGUUGGUUAGAGCAGAAGUUACAAUUCGUCAUGGUGGUGCACAAACCAUUUCGGAUUCUGGACAAUCGCCGGUAGGCACCUCGUCAACAACAAUGACUGAUUCCAACGGUGUAAGAAUGAUAUAUCGUUGGAAUACUAGCCAACCGAGUUCUAAUAUUCCAUCAACUACUUCCGCAUCGACUAUUCAAUCGAUGGGUGGUAUUAUACCACCAAAUUCUUAUGGUUUUCAACGUGGUAAUAUAUUGUUCACAUCGACACCACCGCCAAGAGGUCAACAAUCUGGUAAUUCGUUUACAAUUCCGCGUCCAGGAUCUUCAAGUAAGGAUGACACGUGUCCGUCAAGAAAUCGUGGAUUCAUCGAUUCAGGAUAUAACAGCGAACAAUUCUCACCCCAUUCAUAUUCGAGUUUACCAUCGCGCCGUACUUAUCAACAAUACAAUCGACGUUGCAAAAGUACCUGUAACAUCGUUCUCGCUGCUUUUGAUCCAAAGAAGAAUCUAAAUAACGAUGAACCUACAACUACGAAAUUGUUAACGAAAGAAUCAUUGAAAUCUUCCACGUUAGAAGAGCCAGACGGAUCAUCCUGGCAUUAUCAUCGAGCGACAUCGUCCAAUAAUAACCAUCAUCUUCAUCAUCAUCAUCAUCAUCAUCAUCAUCAUUUACAACAGCAGCAACAACUUCAGCAACAACAACAGCAGCAGCAACAAAAACAACAACAACAACAACAACAACAACAGCAACAGCAUGUCUCCGCUCGUUCACGUUUCAGUACCGUGCCUGAAGUAUGCGAAGAUUGUUCCGAAGGUACUGCCAGUCCAUUUACGACGCAUUUCUGUACUCGUGUGUUAGAGAAAACAGCGAGCAAAGUUACGACCAUUAGCAAGGAUGCUUCUUCUCAAACGACCGAUAUUGAAUCUCGAACUUCGACCAUAUCGACUACAUCGAAAACAGGAAAAGUUAGACGGAAGGCAUUGGAUAUACAAUUGGCUGACGAACAAAAGAGGAAAAAGCAAGAGAACUCAAAUGUUGGUACGCCGAUUGAUACUUCGGGACAACUUUCAACGACUACGGAUACUGAAAAAUCCUUUUCAUCUGCCAUAGAGGAGAACGCAAAACGUAAAUCUCGUACCGUUCACAUAGACGUUUAUUGCACUGGCUCGGACGAUGAAUGUAGUACCGAUUCAACCGAGGAGGAACGUUCGACAACGGCUAUGACCGUCUUCGAGAACGAGGACGUUAAAGUGACGCAUAGCCAAGCCGAGGAUAACGAUUUACCACGUGGAUUUAAAGAUAAUAAAGCUUUUUUAGCGCGAACUGCCGAGAGACGUUGUGAAAGUUUCAAAAAUGCACCGAUGAGAAUGCCUUCGUUGGCCAGCUCGAAGGGUUAUGAAAGCGACGAUCUAUUGAGUUCCCUUUAUCCUUCGCAAUUUAGUUCUUACAGCGCUCUUAAAGAUUUAGAUUCUACGCCAUGGUCAGCGGCAUCGUCGACUUUGGCAUUACCAUUUAUUGACGAUUAUGAUUCAGCUGCUGCGACAUCCUCGAAGGAUACGUUUUCCGAUAUAGAUUCUAUCGUAAAUGGUAGUAAACCGACCUUGACUUCCUGCGAUAGCUUUGAAUAUGCUAAUUUGUCCGAUCGCGAGAGAAUAAGAAAAAUGGAUACAAUUUGGGGAGGUAAAAACGAUUUAACAGAGGAAAAAAAGAAUAAAAAUUGGAGAUCACCUCAGAUAGAACGUAAGCAUUUAUUGAGGAACAAAAAGAUGAGGGAAUAUUUGGAGAAACAUGAAAUCGGUUGGUCAUCCGACGAUACCGCGGGUGGUGAAUCGGACGACAGUGGUACCAUUGGUUGGAUCUUUUUAUCUAAUAAGGAUGAUAAUACUAAUGAGGGAUUAUCCGAAACUAAAGUUGAUAAGGAUAUCGUUCGUCGUGAUAGUACGAUUAAGAGGGAAAUAAUAAAUGAUAACGUUCUAUCGUCUAACGUUGUAAAUCGUUCAGAAUUAAUACGUUCCGAUCUUCUUAUUCAAGACGAUCAUUCCGAUUCGACAACGCGAAGUGAUCUAUGCUCACGAAUUUAUACAUUAAGAGAACAGAUUGGUCUGUUUGGUUCGAAAAGUCCUUCGCCGCUUCCUUCGAAAGUACCUUCCAGGGUUACUUCACCCUUUAUGACAUCCCAUGGCGAAAGGACCGAUCACAUCGUUAAAGCAUCGAUAUUUGGUUCGGUUGUUGGUGCCUUUCGAAAACCUGGCCAUCAUAUUGGCCCCGUUAAAAAUCCGUCCUGUUCUUGCGAACACUGCAGGCGAUACUUCGAGGAAGACGACUCACGUGAACGAUCGUGUUCCUUCGGUGAAUUUGAGAAACGUUCAACAAGUUCAACCAACACCGAACAGAGAAAUAUUAUUCGACCAGCUCCUACGAGUUAUGGACAUUGAUUCUAUGUUCUUUUUUUUUUUUGUAACUUUUUUAUUUUCUUUAUCUUCCAUUUUUCUUUUUAUUUAUUUAUUUAUUAAUUUAUCUCUUUUUUUUUUUCUUUCUUUCUUUCUUUCCGAGCAACGCUUCAUCUGAAUAAUUUUCAUUAUUUUAUAUUGGACUUUCGUAGCUCUAUGAAUGGCUGCGAAAUUUUUACUUUUGC